UUCCAUAAUUCGUUGUUUAUUUACAUAUUGACUACAUCUUAUAAGUAAGAAAACGUUAACAAUGGGUGAUAAUCACUUAAUAACGUCCAUCUUUACGGAGUUUCAAAAAACUCUUGACGAGGAGCAAGAAUUGCGAGAGGUUAUCCGCACAGUAUGUAAGGAGGUAGACCAAAUCUCGCGCGAGGCGGUCACAAUACUGCAGGUCAUUCACCACAGUGAGGAAGGAACUGCCCCGGCGUGCCAGCGCGCUAGAGAGCUGUUUGAGAAGGCCCGCGCCGGCUACGGCAAGCUGCGGGAGACGGUGCCGCCUACAGAUUACUACAAAUACCACGAUCACUGGCGCUUCAUGACACAACGAUACUGCUUCCUCAUAUCACUGACCAUAUGGCUGGAGAAAGGAAUCCUGGCCACCCACGAGACAGUGGCUGACGUACUCGGCAUCAGUGCAGUGGAGGAGAAAGAAGGCUUUCACCUGGAUGUGGAAGAUUACCUGGUUGGUCUACUGCAGAUGUGCACUGAAUUAUCGCGGCUGGCGGUGAACGCGGUGACGCGCGGCGACUACGCGCGGCCGCUGCAGAUAUCCAAGUUUGUGAUGGAGCUCAACGCCGGCUUUAGACUUCUGAACCUAAAGAACGACCAUCUCCGCAAGCGGUUCGACGCCCUCAAAUACGACGUGAAGAAGAUCGAGGAGGUCGUAUAUGACCUCAGCAUCAGGGGUCUGCUGCCGCGCCCGGACCCUGUCGCUGUUUAAACAAAGAAUACAAAAGCUGCCUCUCCUGUCACUAAAAUUCGCUUUUACAACCUUACACGCGUGUUAAGGCGGAAACCAAGGCUCAGAAACCGGUUUAAUUUCCAAACCGAUAUCAUGUACUUGACGCAAAACUUUUUCAUUUCGUUUCCGUUCGUAAAACCGUUAUUUAGAAACCGGUUUUUAGAACAUUUCCAUAAAGUUCUUGUCAUAUUAACCGGUUUAGAACAAUAAAAACGGGUAUCUUCCUAUGCCGGUGUCCUUGUUUACGCGGCACACCACCGAGCCGGCCGGCCGCCUGUCGAAUAAACCGGUUUAUUUAGUUUACAACUGAGUAAAACCGAAAUAAAUCGGUACUUACCGCCAUUUCUAAUACCGGUUCAAAGCCUUGUGAAACACACCAUAUGCCACUUUAACCCUUUCGCCACACCGAUCGUGGGUGACGCGUAUUUUAAUAUAAUUUAAAAAUUGAAGCAUUUUCAUAAGCAUGUUUUUCUUAAGAAUAAAUUAAUGUGAUCAAUAUAAUUGUAGAAUAAUAAUUAGUUAGAUUUUUGUUUGUAUCUACGAUUUGUUCGAGAAAGAAUAUGUGUAGAGUUAAGCCACGAAAAGUCUGCAGCGAUUUUGAUAGCCCUCGCAGUGCCAGUGUUAUUUAUAUGUCAUAAUUUCAUAGAAGUUUGACGUUAAAAAUAAUACUUGCACUGCGUGGGCUAUCAAAUCCGCAGCAGAAUUUUCUUGGUCUGACUCUAAAGCGUUUUUUGCUUACCAGUGCCCCUAGUGUAAAUUGUGUAUGGGAUUUUGAGAUUCCAAAACAUCCCGCUUGGCGCGCUGGUGCGCUAUCGAAUGACAUUUACGCUAUACUGCAAAACGUAAUUCAAGACCAAAAAAAGUAAGACAAUGUUGCCACUGCAAUAAUUCGUUUGUAAAAUAGUAAAUUCGUUUUGUUAAAUAAUCACGCUAAGAUAAUUUAUUAAGAUAUUUUACUCCUACGAUUUAAAAAAAGUACUUUUAUUUACUUAUUUUUACAUAAAUACAAGACGCGCUAGUAAGAUAAAAAAGUGGCAACAUUUCUUACUUUUUUUUGUCUUGAAAUACGUUUUGCAGUUUAGGGGUUUUGUACAAGUUUAAAAUAAGAAUACUUAGCUACAUGUUUGAUAAUUUAAUAGUCAAAAUAAAGUAAUCAUCAAAACUAGAGAUGCCCCGAACAGUGCUUUUGGCCGAAUACCGAAUAUUCGGCCCCUAUCUCGACCGAAUACCGAAAUGGCAAGUGGAAACCCGUGGUCUCUGCUUACCCCCCCGGGAAAUAGGCGUGAUUAUAUGUAUGUAUGUAUCUCGGCCGAAGCGCCCAUUUUGACUAGUGUUAAUUAUGAAAACAGUUUCGCAACAAAGCACAGUGUUUGCUAAGAUUUAACGUUUGUUGAUCACGGUCAGAACAUUCAGAACUAGUGAAUGUAAUUAGAUUUGGUCAAAUCAGACCCAUGAUAAAAUAAUACAAUUUAAUUUGUAAUCAACAAAUGCUCAAAAUAAGGGUUUCUGUAUUUAAAAACUUUCCAAAAUUGUAUUAUAAAUAUUAGAUAAAACGGUUUGCGAUUAAUUUUAUCGUGUAAUUGUAAUUUUUCUUUUUUGGAAGGUGAAAAUAUUCGGUAUUCGGCUGAAUAGUAAGCAACGUUCGGCCGAAUACCGAAUAUUCGUCAAAGUGGCCGAAUAGUUGCCGAAUAUUCGUGGCAUUUCUAAUCAAAACAAUUACCACCUACUAUUAUACCACAAACCUACUAUUAUAUUCAAUUAUCCUGCUUUGGUUCAAAAAUAUGGGUGCAUAUAACUUACUCAUAAAUAUGUCCCAUUGUUCUUAACCUUUUGAACGCUAAACGGCGCAUCCAUUUGCCGUGCCACUGAAGCCACAGGGGUCAAUAAAUAAUGCCAACCUAAAAGUGGGGUGUUUGUCAUUAGAUUUUCAUCAAAAAACGAUCGACGUCAAAUGCCGUCUUUGGCGUCGUUGUCACAAUUUUGCGUUGACGCCAAUUGCCGUCUGUGGCGUUGAAAAGGUUAAUUAGCUGACAAGUUAUGCGUACGCACGAAGUGCAGCCGCCGCGAGCACCCGAGCCUGAAGAAGGACCCCCGACGCGCCCGAAACUUGUAUAAAAAUUCAAGUGAGUGAAACCGUUGUCGUCUAAACAGUUUAAAAUAUGUAUCACUAUGGGACAUAUUUUUGAGUAUCAUGUGUGCACCCAUACAUUACACUUAACUGUACAGUUGCCAUCAGGUAUAUCGGAGCGGCCAAGGUGAUCACAAAUAUCUGAACACGCCUCUAGUGUCGUGGCGCUAGAAUGCGUGUUCAGAUAUUUUUGUGCAUCUCGGCCGCUCCGAUAUAUCUGGCGACUGUACAUACCAGUUUUGUGCUAAAAUCGAACUUUUUUUUUAGUAAUAUUAACCUCGUAGGACCCGAGUCAAUUUUUGCGCUUUUUAUUUUUAAAUAUUAUAGGACAUUUUUAAUUUGUACUUUGUACAAGU